AUGCCCAGCAACGUCGGAAGUGCGCUCGCAGAGCUUCUAGCCUCGUACCAUGACUUCAAUUCGUCCUGGGUCGAAAGUGUAGAUGGUGCCCCGACAUCGCUACAAUUUGCUCGAUAUGCAGCAAGGAACCAGCCGGUUGUGUUCCGGGGUGCAAUCGCAAACUGGGAAGCCCUGAAGAAGUGGAAGGUGGGGUAUCUGAAACAGAAAAUGGAGGGGAGAGAUGUUAAUGUCGCCAUGACGCCAUUCGGGAAUGCCGACUCGGUGGUCUCUGAGAAUGGGGUGGACUACUUUGUGAAGCCGCACUCAUUCCAGGAGCCUUUCGCCGAGUUCGUGGAGUACCUGCGGGCUCCGGUGGAGGAGAGCGCAGCGGUAAAAUAUGCUCAAUCCCAAGAUGAUAAUCUCCAUGGAGAGUUCCUACCGCUCCAGUCUGAUAUCCCGGCCGAUGUGGGCUUUGCGACUGAGUUCUUUGAGCGCGAGCCCGAUGCUGCAAAUGUUUGGAUCGGUAACGACCGCUCGGUAUCUGCACUACAUAAAGAUAAUUAUGAGAACCUAUACUGUCAGGUGUCUGGGAAGAAGAAUUUUGUGAUUCUUUCCCCGCUUGAAGUUGCGUGUGUAGAGGAACGAACGUUGCCUGCAGCGACGUAUGUACCCGAUGCAGAGGGUAGCUGGAGAAUAGUGCCCGAUGAACCGGAAGAUCAUGUUCAAGGAUGGGCAACAGUUGACCCCGAUAGCCCUUUGGAGAGAACGGGAGUGUUCUGGAAGUAUUCUAGACCACUCAGAGUGACAUUGGAGCCUGGAGAUAUGCUUUACCUUCCAGCUAUGUGGUAUCAUAAAGUCUCACAGGAAUGUGAUGAGGAGGGUAUUUGCUGCGCCGUCAAUUACUGGUAUGAUAUGGAUUUUUCUGGACCAUUCUAUUCAACUAUUGGGUUUGUGCGGAAUAUGGUCCCCAUCAUACAAAACGAGAUCAAGGAACUUGAAAACGAUGAGAGCGAGUUCAAGGAGGGUGAGGCCGUUAAUAGGACGGAUUGA